AUGAUCAUGGCUUCACGAAUGGCUUCGCAGCGCGUAUGCGCUACAUUGCGCCCAUCUCGCAUCAAUUACGUCCCCGCGCGGUUUGCUUCCGCAGCCUCUGCGGUUAGGGGGUCCAGUCUACCACAGGACGUGAAGGACGCCAUAGCCCGCGACUCCACACUACCUACACCCGACCCGCCCUCAUCCUCCAAGACAGCCGGCCUCGUCAACCAGCAAUUACCGUACAUGGUCCCGACCUAUGUCCGCCCACCACCGAUGUUCGAGAAGGGAGAGGGGUGCUGGAUGUGGGAUAUUGAGAACAGAAAGUACCUCGACUUCACAGCUGGUAUCGCCGUCAAUGCGCUGGGGCACUGCGACCCUGGCGUAGCGCAGGUCAUUGGAGAACAGGCCAGGCAGCUCAUGCACACCUCGAACCUCUACCACAACCCGCACACAGGCCUGCUAUCGAAGCAGCUGAUCCAGCUCACGCACGCGACCGGAGGCUUCGCCAGCGCCACUCGCACAUUCAUAUGCAACAGUGGUUCCGAGGCCAACGAGGCCGCCAUCAAGUUCGCGCGCAAGGUCGGGAAGUCAAUGUCACCGGACAAGGAGAAGCAUGAAUUCGUUUCGUUCCACAACUCAUUCCACGGCCGGACCAUGGGCAGUUUGAGUGCGACACCGAACCCCAAGUACCAGACACCGUUCUCACCGAUGGUGCCCGGUUUCAAGUACGGCACAUUCAAUGACGUGGAAGCAGUCAACGACCUGGUUACUGACGCGACGUGCGGUGUCAUCGUGGAGCCAAUCCAGGGAGAGGGUGGUGUGAACGUUGCGACACCCGAGUUCCUUCUCGCGCUCCGAAAGAGGUGCACGGAAGUCGGUGCUGUCUUGAUCUUCGACGAGAUACAGUGCGGUCUAGGCCGGACAGGUACUUUCUGGGCACACGGCGGCUACCCCAAGGAAUGCCAUCCCGACAUUGUAACCACAGCCAAAGCACUCGGCAACGGAUUCCCCAUUGGCGCGACUAUCGUCAACGACUUCGUCUGUGACAACAUCAAGACUGGUGAUCACGGCACCACCUUUGGCGGCAACCCCCUCGGAUCCCGCGUCGCUUCAUACAUCCUGUCCCGCCUGUCAUCGCCAGAGAUUCUUGACUCGAUACCCGCCAAGGAGCAAGCAUUCCGCAAGCACUUCGACGCUCUCCGACAGCGCUUCUCCAGCCAGAUCAAGGAGGUCAGAGGCAAGGGUCUGAUCUUGGGUCUUCAGCUUGAUGUCGAUCCUACGCCCAUCGUUACUGCUGCUCGUGAGAGAGGUCUGUUGAUCAUCACAUGCGGUACAAACACCCUGAGAUUCGUUCCCCCACUCGUGAUUACCGAAGCGGAGAUCGAGGAGGGCAUGCAGAUCUUAGGACAAGCGAUGGAGAGCGUAUGGGUCAAGCAUGAGGAUGUUGAGGGCACAGACGGUCAGCAGGAGAUGCGGUAA